AUGCUACAACUCGACAUGGCGGAAUCGAAGCGGGCCAGGUUUCUACCACAACAGUGCCAACAUCACUCGCGGAAAUCGCACAAGGAUGAUCACUUACCGCAACCACGGUCUUACAACAUCAACGACGUUGCAAUUACUCUAUCCGAAUCUAUGUUAGGGCCGAUCCCAUGGUCCGCCUCCGAGAAGUCACUAAAGAACACCGUCGCCCGCGUAUUAGUCGACAAGGGCACCGAAACAAGUCCCAAAGUCACUUCGGCAAGCACCGUCUUCUCCAUCAUGAAAGCAAUCGACGAUCUCUGCUUCCUAGGCUUGCUCUUCCCGACACCCCAGAUCAACCACAUAUCGCACCCCGUCCUUCUAGAAGUCGGACAAACGCGGGGUAGGGUGGGUUGGACGCAGCCGCUGCGGGCUAGUAGGCCCGGGGCCCCCAGCAUCGUCAUCCGCCUGAGCACGGUCCGUCACCGCGAUGACGGCACCACCACCACCACCACUACCACCGGUACCGGCAAGCCGCUACCACUCAGGGAGAUUGUGCAGGUUGCUGUUCACGAAAUGGUGCACGCAUACCUCUUGUUGCUUUCGUGUCGGAGAGAUAAGUGCGAUGUGGAUUUUGAUAUUAUGCACCGUGACUCUGAUGGCGGGGGCCAUGGGCUUGCGUUUGUUGCAGUACUCAAGGCUGUGUUGGGGCAGAUUCAGAGUUGGGCGCCGGAGUUACGGGACUUUGGGUUAACUGAUGAGUCUAUUCAUCCGUAUGAGGACUUUGGGCUGGAGUUGUGGAAGAGGGGGGAUAGGAUCUCGUCGAGGAGCAAGGGGCAGCGUGUUUGGUGGCUCGCUGCGAAGCCUAUGUAA